AUUCCAUGCUAGUUUCCAUUGUUGGAAUGGCACUGUACACAGGCUAUGUGUUCAUGCCGCAGCACAUCAUGGCGAUAUUGCACUACUUUGAAAUUGUGCAGUGA